CUGUCUUGGUCUACUUUGCUCCAAGUCUCCAGAAAGAUAUUCCAGUCGUGUUAGGACUCUAUACAGGGAAUAUUCCUGCAAAUACUCAAACCAGCCCCGUCCACCGUUGGAAGAGACGGCUGAAAAGCAGCAAUCAAAUAUCUAAAUGGUCCCUUACCCAUUUCAAAAGCUAUGCUGCGUUCAGCCGGUGGACGGUCAACAACCAUUCCUGCUGGCAGCUUCAGGACCAGUCAUAAAUUCGCUCGACUUGAAAGACGGAUCAUUAAUGAGCCGUUGGCUGCCUUCUGAUGGCGAGGACGAAGAGUAUGAGGGGGCCAACCCCAACGGCGAGGAUGCUCGACCCUCAAAGAGGCGAAAAUUGGGGGAAGGAGAUCGUGGGGAACCCUCCCAUCAGGAGUCAGAAGACUCGAUUGAAAUCAUCUCGGAGAGAAAAAAGGGUGAGCGACGGAAGCCCAAGGUGGAAGACACCACACUGCCGAACGUCUCUCAUAUCAUCGCUGCCAGUGACGGAAAGACGGCCAUCUGCGUUACUGCAGAGGACAAGUCAGUCCUUGUGUUCGAUGUACUGGCGGGAGGGGUUUUGAAGUUGAAGAGUCGCAGGUCAAUGCCCAAGCGCAUAUGCGCAAUAGUCCUAACACCGGACGAGAAGAGUCUUCUCCUAGGCGACAAAUUUGGCGAUGUCUAUUUGUUACCCUUACACCCCACCGCCGGGUGGACACCGCAAAAGCUUCAGGACCAGCAACAGGCGACCAACUCUCCCUCUGCGUCAGAGCUGACGGUGCAUACAAAGGGCAACUUGGAAGCCCUAAGGCAACAGCGCCUACAGAAGGCGGCCCAACCCAAGAAGGAUGGCCCUCAAUUUGAAUGCAAGUUGUUGCUUGGCCAUGUGUCCCUCCUGACUGAUGUCGCCAUCACUGAAGUCCAAUCCGGGCUCAAGCGUCGCCAAUACAUUCUGACAGCGGACCGGGACGAGCACAUUCGCGUGUCUCGGGGAAUAUCACAAGCUCAUAUCAUCCAGAACUAUUGCUUUGGCCAUCGUGAAUUCGUGAGCAAGUUGUGUAUCGUUCCCUGGAAUCCGGAAAUCCUUGUAACAGGAAGCGGCGAACCUUCUGUGAGGGUCUACCAGUGGCAGACUGGGACAUUGCUGGAUCAGGAACUCUUUCAAGGCGAUGUCGGGAAAGACUUAGUCAACUGUCUAGACUUGCAAGGCGGUGGACGUUCCCUAGAAACCUUGGCAGUGUCCAAUAUUUGGCCUGUCCAUUACACCGUGUCAGGCAACUCACCACGUUCGCGCCAACCUCCCCAUUUCCUCCUGGUUGCCCUUGAAGGACUCCCGAUGCUCCUGAGCUACAGCAUUACGCAAGAAGGUCGCUUGAGGCAUCACCAAACCUUGACGCUGGGGGGAAACGUGUUGGAUGUGGCGGUCGGCCCAGCGCUGUGGGGAAUUGUUGUGAGUCUUGACACGGCGCAUGAACUUGGUUCCGUCCAGGCCUUGAGACCUGAGGCGGCGCCAGCAGCGGAUGCAUUUGAGACAUUCGAACUCUUCUCCAACCUGCCCGCCGACGAAACCCACUCGAGCAACCCAGUGGAGGGCUCGCCCGAAGCGGACCUGCGAUGGGAGACUUCCAGCCUCGCCAUGCUUCUAAAUGCUUCGGCCCUGGACUGCGCCAGCGGUACGCUGCCGUCAGAAGGUCGGGCCAAGGACAAAGGGGCAUACAGCGCUGCGGGAGAGAUGCUGUACGGCCUGGAAAAUCUCCGGAAGAAAAGGGGCCAGGCCGGGGCGGAGGCUGAGGACGAAGAUGCUGGAGAAGGUGGUCCAGCAGAGGUAGAAGGGAUGUCGUGAUCGAGGUUGUCUCAUAUAGCAAUCAAUUAUGACUCCUCUCUCGAAGAUAU